GCACGUCGCCAUGGAGACAGCGGCCUGCGGGGAGGAGGACGAGUGGCUGAUCCAGUCCCUGCGCCUGUACCAGGACCUGCACACGUUCGAGCUCCAGGCGCCCACCCGCCUGAUCGAGUGGGCCCGGGGGAACCGUGUCUGUGUCGCUGGGUAUGGACAAUCUGGUGGGAACGAGAUCCUGCAGCUGCUCCCACCACCCACCCUUCAGGUGAAGGAGACCCAGGGUCUGUGUCCAGAGAGAGACUUCAAGGUGGAAUGUGGUGGGUUCUCAGACCGCCCCGUGUACAGCCUGAAGCACGUGCCAGACACCAGCUUGCUGGUGACGAGUGGCCCACCAGACAGCUCCCUCCAGGUCUGGCAGGUGUCAGCAGAGGACUCUGAUGUUAUUCAAGCUAUAAGUGCCAUAGCUGCAGAAAAGGCCACUGGGCAACCGUGGGCUAAAAUUGCAACCAUCUCAGCCAGAGCCCCGUGGGUCCUUCAUGGCUCAAGACUCAACAGCGUCCAAAUUACAGAGGUUGAGUCGAGGAAAAAUGUCUACAGGGCAGCCUCUGAGAACAGCGAGGAGCUGAGCGGCCUGGCCUUCCUGGAUUGCAACACCCUGCUCCUGUGCUGUGUCCCAGGCCAGCUGUGCCUGGCCGAUCUCCGGCAGCCCCCGAGUCCCUUGGGAGCUGCAUCCAUCCCCUCGGCGCCGCGGGCCGGGCGCUGGUGCAUGGGAGCCCCGGGCUCUGCCUCCAGCUGCCAGCCCGUGGCUUUGCUCUCCAAUGAGGGGCACCUGGUCCUGACAGACCUCAGGAAGACCUCGGAGGCCUUGGCCCUGGCCAAGUGCAGAGUUCCCUCUCCUGGUUCCCAUGCUGAGUUCCUCUGUGUCUCCUGGGCUCCAGCUCUGGAGAGCACCCUCGCCGUUUCAGGUUUCGACGGGACCGUGCGGGUGUACGAGGCUCAGAGCUGGGACAGCUCUGGCAGGGAAGCAGAGCCCAUCUUUGUCCACAGAGGCCACACGUUGGGUGGCAGUGGGGACCCUCCCCUGGUGACAGCACACACGUGGCACCUGCAGAAACCAAGAACUUUGCUGUCGGCAGCGAGCGACGGUUCCCUGCAUGUUUGGGACUGGGUUCAGCCCUGUGGGUAGUGUGGGUGGGUCCUGCUCUCGGGGAGAUGUGCUGAGCUUCCUGCCUGUCUGCUCCUCUGCGGGGGCUGAGAAGUGCCUGUUUGCCUGCAGAUACUGGUGGCUGGAGGCAGUUGUGGUGAGCAGACCCGGCUGCAAAAGGCAGCGUUUUCAUACCUUAAAAAAAAAUGUUGUCUCGU